AUGUCUAGAGUCUCCCUUAGUUGUUGGUGGAGAAACCAGUGUAUGGGUAUACAGAGAUGCUACUUCCAAAUUGUGUGCUGCCUGAUAUCUCAUUCAGUAACUAUCUUGAAUGGCUUUAGUUCGACUGAGGGUUUCAAGGGUGAUACUACUGGUCUUGGGUUGCCUGAAUCAGGGGUUGUGGCCCAAUUAAUUAAAGAUGACGACGAGUCUGUCGCCACUGAUGAUGGCGGGAAGGUUAGAAUUGACAUAGAGCAGCUGGAUAGCGGUGAGAAUUUUAUGCAAGAAUUUUUUGCACAGGUGAAUAAUAUACGUGGAGACAUUGACCAUAUUAAAAAAUGUGUUAAUGAUAUGAAAAAGAAACACAGUGAGAUGUUAUCGUCCUCUAAGCCUAAACCAGAAGACCAGAAAGAAGUUGAUCGUACCAUGAAAGAAGUAAAAGCAGUGUCAAAUAAAGUGAAGGCGAACCUGAAAGAAAUCGAAAAAAGCAUAGAAGAAGAUAAAUUACAGCACAAUUUGAAAUCACCAGCUGAUCUUAGGAUUCGUAAGAACCAGCACUCGUCUCUUCAUUAUUCAUUUUUACAAGUGAUGACAGAGUAUGGUAACUCUCAGGUCGAGUAUCGUGAGAAAUGCAAAGGACGUAUACAUAGACAACUCGAAAUAACUGGUCAAAGUACAACCGAUGAAGAAAUCGAAGGAAUGCUAGAAAAGGGAAACGCAGCAAUAUUUACUUCCAGUAUAAUCGCAGAUACGCAACAGACUAAGCAAGCGCUGGGUGACAUCGAAACGAGGUACGACGAAUUGAUGAAGCUUGAACAAAGUAUCAAAGAGCUUCAUGAGAUGUUUUUAGAUAUGGCGAUGAUGGUUGAACAGCAGGGAGAGAUGAUUGACAAUAUUGAGCACAAUGUGGAAGAAACCGCGGAGUAUGUGGAUCAUGCAGUAGCUACAACAAAAUCAGCGGUUGAGAACCAGAGCAAAGCACGACGGAAGAAAUGGAUCAUCAUCACCAUUAUGACAGUCGCCAUCAUUGUCAUCGUGCUUUUUAUUGUGUUGCUGUGA